AUGUCGAGAAAAUCUUUGAGGAAUCUUUUUAAGACGAAGGAUGAUAAAGCUGACCUUGUUGAAUAUUUUUCGAGUAGUGAAGAUAUGGAUGGUGAAGAUUUUGAUGAAGAUGAUAAUUUUGAUGAUCCAGAUUUUAUGUGUUCGGAAGACGAGUUUUUGAUUGACGAUUGCUUACAAAACAAUCUAAAUUCAACUGAAUUAUUGAUGGAUCCUGAAGUUGCAAGUCUGAAUUUUAGCUCUUUUGCAUCGUUGCCUUCCACGUCUGCUGCUGCACUUGCUACAUUGCAAUCAAAUUCCAGUAGUGUUGUAUCUGAUGGUGUUACUCCACGUUCCAGGAAACGAAAACGCAAUUCAAAUUGCUUCGAAUUGGAACAGGAAGAAGAUGGUCCAGAUCCAGAUAUUUCUACAACUGGUCAAUUUAUUGGGCCCUUUAAUUGCAUGCGAAAUGAUGCUCAGGAGUUCCGGUCUAUUAUGUGGAAGAAGAAAAACUUGCAAGUGCAUGUAAAUGAAAUCAUUUUUCGGGGUGAAAAAGAGUUGCCAAAUGACGUCAAAGCUCUGAAAACACCAUUUGAUUUUUUUCAAUACUUCUUGACUGAUGAUUUCUAUCAACACCUCGUUGACCAAAUGAAUUUAUAUGCUUGUCAACAGAAAAUCGAAGCUCGGUUUGUUACUAACAAACAAGAGAUUCGUCAGUUCAUCGGCAUCAUGAUGUUUAUGUCUGUGUACCGAUAUCCAAAUGUUCGUUCUUAUUGGGGAAGACAUUCAUUCGAACCAAUCCGAAAUGCAAUGACUCGAAUGAGGUUCGAACAAAUACGUCAGUUUCUCCAUUUCAACGACAAUUCUACCAUGGUGCAUAAGGGCCAGACUGGAUACGACAAAUUACACCGAAUAAGACCAUUGAUAAAUCAUUUCAAUGAACGUUUUGGGUAUAUUCCUAUGUUACAUCGGCUUUGUGUUGAUGAACAAAUGUGUGCAACAAAAAUGGGAGGUAACCCUACACGUCAAUAUAUGCCAGCCAAACCACAUAAAUGGGGAACUAAGCUGUUCGUUUUAUGUGAUAGUAUGGGAUUUUCGUAUGCUUGCGAGAUUUACUCAGGUGCAGGAGAUAAUGUGGUGCCUGUAAAUGCACCAGAUCUUGGAGCAUCUUCAAAUGUCGUCGUGCGCUUGUCAAAACAUAUUCCAGAUGACGUAAAUCAUAUUGUAUAUUUUGACAAUUUUUACACGUCAAUAGGGCUUCUUACAUACCUAAGAAGUCGAGGAAUUUAUAGUUUGGGAACAGUUCGAUCAAAUCGAGUUCCAAAUAUAAAAUUAUCCACCGAAGCGGACCUGGCGAAGCGCAAAGUUGAGCGAGGUUACUCGGAAGAAUACGUUGCUAAUGUAAACGGCAUUGAUAUUAGCAGCGUUUUGUGGAUGGACAAUAAGAGCGUUCGACUUUUAUCUACUUAUUGCGGUGUUAAACCUUUUUUAUCAAACAUGUCAAACCCAGGACCUUCUACAUCUUCACGAUGGGAUAGAAAAACGAAGCAGAAGAUCGAAAUUGACUGUCCAUUUAUUAUAAAAGAGUAUAAUCGACAUAUGGGAGGUGUCGAUCUAAUGGAUGGUCUUCUAGGUCGAUAUCACAUUCGUAUGAAAACAAGGAAAUGGACAAAUCGAAUUUUUUUUCAUCUAUUGGAUGUGGCGAUGGUAAAUGCUUAUAUCCUUUAUCAUAGGUCAAACAAGGAAGUCACCAUUGAACUUCCAAAUUUUCGAUCAGAAGUAGCUGAGACUUUGUGCAUAAUUUCAACCGAUUCCAAGAAACCUAGAGGCCGGCCAGUGUCAUCACCAAUACCACCACCUUCGAAAUCAAAAAAGUCUUACUUUCCGACUUCAGAAGUUCGAUAUGAUAAUGUUGGCCACUGGUGCAUAUUUCAGGACCGCAAUGGUAAGAAAACUUGCAAGCAACCGGGAUGUAAAUCGGAGACGCAAGCAUAUUGCACAAAAUGUAAAAUAAACCUCUGUAAUUCUACCUCAAAGUCUUGCUUUAUGACUUUUCAUCAACGUUAG